AGCGUCGAUAUACUGAGACAGUAUGGCCUCUCCGACGCCGUUUGAAGCAGCGUUGUCAAUGUAGGCGUUGCUCACCAACGGCACAUAGAUAAGAUUACACAGCCUUAAAUGCGAUUCUUAUUAUACAAUUUGAGUUUCCUGAGUUUCCAAAAACAGUAAUUAGGUGCUCUUGGAGUGUCGAACGUCAUCGUCGCGGUCGAGUUAAUCGUAUUGGGAAUCGCUUACACAUUAUUGUUCAAACAUACAAUAUCUACAAACGAUAGCCGCUGACGUCGUGGGGCGCGAUGUUGCAGAGAAUUAGCGCGAAGUACAACAAUUAUACGUGUAUGUGUGUGCAUGAAUAAGCUGUAAAGAAUUGACUGCUUAAGCCGUAAAAAAAUAAAUAUAUAUUAUAUAUUUUGCCGGCGAAAUAUUGUGAGCGAAAACCUUAGGGUGCAGUGACACGCACUGAAUAGUUUGCUGCUAAUAAAAAAUAAUAUACACAUUGUUAAAUAUGCAAAUGCUACAUGUAAAUGCAUAUAUGCAUAUGUAUGUGUGUAAAAAGUUACUUAUUUAAUAUUAUGUAAACUCUUAUACAUAUUUACUUGUACAUAUGUACGCUCGCGUAUGCGGUUAUACCGCCCAGCGCCCCAUCUAAGUAGGUACUUUAAAAACUUGCAAAUACGCAAAGUGUGAUAACGAUAUCGGUUUUGAAUUACGCCUCCGAGUCAGAAAUAAAAUAUCUACAAUAUAUACUAUAUAAAUAAAUAUAUACAAACAACCAUAUGUGUGUACACAAGCUUACAUAUUCGGCGUGCAGUUUGCAAGCAUAUGUGAUUUUUUAAAUUCUUUCCCCUUCUUCCUUGCCGCCUUUACCCUGAAUGCUGUAUAAUAUGCAAACGAGCAGCAGCAGCAAUAGCAGUCACAGUCGCCACAAUGUAGCAACGACAACACCAGUCACUCCUGGCACGCCCGAUUCAGCGGGCAUAUUGAUUGGCGCUGCGGGUCAGGCUGUUUAUGAGAAACGCAACAAAAACAUUCUCCACUAUUUGCGCGACCGCACGCCGAGUCAUAUACGCGCACAACAUCAACAUAACUACUAUCAGCACAAUCCAGAGCAACAAGUUGCAUUUGGUCGCCAACGCCAAGAAGCCGUCAUUUAUUUAAAGGAGCCACGUUUUAUUAACAAGCUGGCGCUACUGAAAAGUUCGAGCACACGCGAUUUGUCGCGUUUGAAGGUCGAGGAAAAGUCUGUCGAUAUUUUAUCGCCGACUACUGUGCAUUUUGAUAGCUCUACAAAUAGUAGUAAGUCUUCAAGCGAAUCGCCAGUGGCUCAGCGUAACCAACCGCGUAGUCUAGAGGGUGUAUACUGUGAAGGGUAUUGUGCGCGACGCAUCACUGAAUUGGAACAACGCGUUACCCAAUUGGAGCAGCAAGUGCAAGCUGAGCGAACAGUUGGCAAAGAUCUGUACACGCGCAUACAAGAACUCAUACGUCGCGUAGAAGACCUGAGCCAGUUCAAGGCGUCCGAUAAACGAAAACUUAGCAGUUUUCGUAAGAAAGGCUCACACGCAAAUACAAACCAGCAAGCGUCUGUGCAGCCUUCAAAGUUAGUGACCUGGAUGAAUUUGUCAAAUUGGUUUAAGCAACGCCCAAGUAUCGCAACUUUAAAGGAACAAAAUAUCUACAAUGAUGAGCCUUGUUUCGACACGGAAAUCGAAAUGGCGUUGAAACAUGAGAUCCAUAAAACCGUACCGAAAAUCGUUGUGGAUUGCUGUGAUUUAAUUGAGGAACGUUACCGCAAGACGUCGGAACCCAUCGAGGGCAUAUAUCGGCAGUGUGGCGAUUAUAAUAAAAUUCAAAGUUUGCGCUUUCGCAUUGAUGCAAAUGAUUAUGAGUCAUUACGUCAACCGAAUAUAGACAUCCAUACAUUAACUGGCGUGCUCAAAUUAUUUCUGCGUGAAAUUAAAAGCCCAUUGGUGAGCGCGAAUGAAGCGAAAACUUUUAUUGGUAAACCGAAUCAGUGGCUGCUGACCGAUUUGACUGCGAAAAUCGAGAUUUUGAAAAAACUGAUUCGAACUUUGCCGGAAGUCAAUCGUGAUACGAUGAAUUAUAUAUUCGAACAUUUCAAUAAGCUGACGAAAGUGCCUUUACAACAAAUCAGCGCUGAUACACUUGCCUUAUCCAUAACACCAACAAUUUUCCAUCCCUUACAGAAGGGCGCAAAUACGCCGGACUUGCAGGAGAUAAUUAAGGAGGGCCAACUGCUAGCAGAUUGUGUCAAAAUAAUGAUCGAAUAUCAUAGUCGUAUAUUCGAAAAUGUUUGAAUUUAUGGUUUUCGCCUACUCAUUCCAUGAUAUACAGAUGUCCGGUCGAGCGGCGGUGCAAACGCAUCAGUGUGCGGCGUCUGCGGAAAACCCUAUCACAACCGGAUUUGAUUUUUCAAAAUUUCUUUUAAGUAAAUUUUUCAGUCUAUAAUGUGUACAAUAUUUCAUAAUGUAAUAAAAAAUCUGUAUUUAUAAGAAAAA